UGCAAGUGUCACCAAGCUGCAACUCGGUAGCCACAAUCAAGGAGGAGCCCAAAUCACCUUUAGCAAUUCCGCAGCAGCCUUUCCGGAAAGACACAAAUUCAAGAGCAAGCCAUCAGCUGCAGGAUUUCUCUGCUGGUGUGCAGGUGAAUCAAUCUAGCAGGGAGCGUCCAACAGCUCCCCCUCGUGCACCAGUAGGUCAUCUUAAGGAGCAGGACAGACAGGAUCACACAUUAUCAGAGAUGAAUAGAUCGGUCAGGGAGCAUCCCACACCAACAUACCCGGUAACUGUAGUUCGACCUAAGGAGAAAGACAGGAAGCAACAAACACCAUCACAGGGGAAGAAGUUGGUCAGGGAGUGUCCAGCAACCACAUCUCCAGCAGCCGUAGUCAAACCGAAGAACAUAUACAGGGAGGAUCAAACAUUAUCACAGGCAAGGCAAGAGAGACUUAAAUCUGAAUUACUGCAGACAAUUAAGGAGAGAGGGGAAAACAUGAGUGAAAUCAGACCGGCAGAGAGAGCCCGCGAGAGUGUCCCAGAUUCAGCUAGUACCAACACCCAAACAAAUUCUGCAGCAGCAGAGGCCACAACAAAGGAGGAUCAGAAAUCAUUGUGUAAAACUACACAUCCUGAUUUCUCCACAGGCAUGAAGGUGAGGGAACUGGUCAUGAUGUUUUCAGCUACCACAACACAGGAAACAGCAGUUCGACAGAAGAGGAAAUGCAGAGAGGAAAAACAACUGUCAGAGGUGACGCAUUUAGCCCAGAAGCUUUCAGCUACCACAACACAGGAAACAAUAAAGGAGCAAAAACCAUCACAGAAUGUGCGAGAAAGUGCUGCCACCCAAGUGAAUCCCACAUCAGCAGAAGCCAUAGCUGAGGAGGAUCCUAAAUCAUCGUCUGAAACUGCACAGCUCUCAAAUUUCUCCACUCGUGUGAAGGUGAAGGAAUUGGCCUGGAUGUUUUCAACUAACACAUCCCAGAAUACAGCAGUCCGACCCAAGGGGAAACACCAAGAGGAACAAAAGGUGAAGCGUUUAACCCAAACACUUUCAGCUACCACAGCCCAGGAAGGAGCAGUCCACCCAAAGGAGCAAGAGUGGGAGGAUAAAAACCUAUCACAGGGCAGCUUGAACGCUGAGUGGCUGGAGAUCAACGGUGUGCUCUCAGAGGUGGUGAGAGUUGUAGAGGAUGCUAAGCAGAAGUCUGCAGACCUUUCAUUUUCCAUCCGUACUUUCAGAGCAACAUCAAGCAUGAUGGAACAAAUUCGCCAGAAACUGGAAGAACUUGCAUCUAUUGAACUGAAAUGGAUUUCCAAGUUUGCAGUGGAUGUCAAGCUGGAUCCAACCACCGCAAACCGAUGCCUUGUUGCUGCUGAUGGGAAAAAAGUGAGUAGUGGAGAAGAAAAACAGGAAGCUCCAGAUGCUCCAGGGAGGUCUGGAUGCGUCCUGGGGCUCAACAGGUUGACCUCUGGGAAGUCAUACUGGGAGGCUGUUGUCAGCAAGAAUACCAGAUGGGAUCUGGGUGUGGCAAAGCGUGAUGCCAACCGCAAGGGGAAACUCUUGCUGAACCCAGGCAAUGGUUACUGGGUUAUUGCACAUUAUGAAGAUGAAAAGUACGCAGCCCUGACAGCACCACCAGUUCGUCUUUCCCUGAAAGAGAAACCUGCGAAGGUGGGAGUGUUUGUGGACUACGAGGAAGGUCUUGUGUCCUUCUACGAUGUGACGGCUCAAUCUCACAUCUACUCGUUUACUGAUUGUUCAUUCACUGGAGAGAUCUACCCUUAUUUCAGUUUGCACCUUGAAGAUGGUGAAAGAGCUGAUCCUCUGAUUCUCUCAACUGUGAAACACCAGUAAUUAUGUUUAAUCAUUUUUAUAUGGGUGUGUGUGUGUGCAGCCACCUUAAUGUUGGUGUUUAAUGGUUAAUGGUAGCAUUUUUGUUAAAGCUUUGUUUGUUAAAGGGGACACAUGGGAGGUCUUUUUUAUUUCUUAUGUCUUUAAGUUAACAUUGGAUCCUACAUUUCCUAUAAUGCACCUGACAAAGCAGCCCCCAAGAGCGAUAGAAGAUAUUAUACAUUAACAGGGUGAAUAUUCCUUUCAGUGAGCAAACUGAACUUAAUGUAUUUUUUUAUGGUUUUUACUGAUGUAAUAAUAUACAAACAUAAGUUUUAUCAUCAAUGUAUUUCAAUGUGUACCAGAUUUAUUAUAGCUAGUCUCCCUAGAGUCCACAGGAGAGUGACUAAAACUUGUGUGUAGCAGUGUGGGGUUACAGAAGAUAGAAAUACAUAACUUGCUUGCAUUUUCUUUUUUUUCUUCAAAACAAAAAAACAGAAGCAGAUUAAUCUUCAAAGUGAGACUGUAGAGGAGCAUUGUGUUCCUCUUAUAUAUAAAAAACGUUGAAUACGCAAGCAGUAAUACACACUGUUGCUCAAUACAUUCAGAGGUUUUCAUCUUUGUUUGGUCUGAGCAGUAGCUGCUGUUACACAAACGUUACAUAGACCUAACAAUGUGUCUCAAAGUGUUUUUAUUACAUGUUUUGAUGUACAAAUGGGUGGAUAGUGAUUAAAAAAAGGGCAAAGUCAGCAGUGUC